AUGGCUGAUGAUAUGCCCACAUUCAAAUGCGUGCUGGUUGGCGACGGCGGCACUGGCAAAACAACAUUCGUCAAACGACAUUUGACUGGAGAGUUCGAGAAGCGAUACGUCGCGACGCUCGGAGUCGAAGUGCACCCUCUUGUUUUUCACACGAACCGCGGCCCAAUUAGAUUCAACGUAUGGGAUACAGCCGGCCAAGAGAAGUUCGGAGGUCUUCGAGACGGUUACUAUAUUCAAGGACAAUGCGCCAUAAUUAUGUUCGACGUAACGUCUCGCGUCACUUACAAAAACGUCCCCAACUGGCACAGAGACUUGGUGCGCGUAUGUGAAGGCAUCCCCAUUGUUUUAUGUGGAAACAAAGUCGAUAUUAAAGACAGGAAAGUCAAAGCGAAAACGAUUGUUUUCCACAGGAAAAAGAAUCUUCAAUAUUAUGACAUCUCAGCCAAGUCAAACUACAACUUCGAGAAGCCCUUCCUUUGGCUGGCACGCAAACUGAUUGGUGAUGGCAACCUAGAAUUUGUGGCUAUGCCUGCGCUCGUGCCCCCAGAAGUCACCAUGGACCCACAAUGGCAGAACCAGAUCGAAAAGGAUCUCAAAGAGGCUCAAGACACUGCCCUGCCCGAUGAAGACGAAGAUUUGUAAAUAGUGAAGAUUGUUAAAUGAAAUGCCCAGUGCCCUCUAAAAAAUGUGAUUGGAUGAACAAGCAGGACUGUUUCAAAGACAAUUUUGUCAUAAAAUUUUCAUUCCAUUACUUUUCUGCUGGUUUACAUUGGCUAAU